AUGGCGGGGCUCUUCGCGCGGUUCUCCGGCCGCAGUAGCGGCCACCGGCGGAACCAGAGCGCCACCGUAAGCCUCUCCUCCACCGCCGCCACCCGCGGCGUCCAGAGGAGAUCUACGUCUCUGCCAUAAAUUCUCCCUUCUGCCAUCUGCUUUCGCAAUUUCUGAUUCGACCGAUGGAUCGAUGGCUGGCCUGUAGCAGGGGAUAAGUGCUCGAGGAUCGUCGCCAAACGCCGGGGGAGUCGCUUCCGCGUCGGGAAAUCCCCGCGGGGUAGAGGAGUUCAAGCCGGUGGAGCACCCGAGUGAGCCGGUCGGUCAUGAUCAGCCGAUCAAGUGCCCCUUGCCGGAGCCCUCCAUUCUCAAUGUAAGUACGACCACUGUCAUUACAGUCCGAUAAAAUGCCCUCUUCACGAGAUAUUCCCAGCACCAUGUAUGCAACGCGGAGGAGACUCCGACGUUUUUCGCCCACUGUCAGGGAGCAUCCAUGAUUUUAGAUCGACCCUUAACGAGAGAGAGAGAGAGAGAGAGAGCGCGAGAUUGCUCUGGUUGCGGUAACGAAGGCCAAGAAGAUGACAUUUAUCGCGAUUAUCUUAUUUUCCGAAAAGGACAGCAUGAUUCAGAUCAGCAGGUAGAGUGGGUUAGUCACCGAAUUAUGAGUGUAAAUCUCAUGAGCAAUGAAUGUGGCAUUCAUAAAAUACGAUCAAUUCCGCAAAGUCAGAUACAAGGUAUCAAAUCUUCACGCCUUUUAUGUCUCCGGUUAUCACCCGAAUUUGCGCGUAUGAUGCGUUGUGAAACAUUAUGGUUUGAGCUGUGCUUAGCGGAAUGUCGGUUCCAUGUGCGAAGCCUACCACAUAUAUGCCUGAAUUUGAUCUGGCCACAUUUCAUGCGUGAAGAACUCGCGGAGAGCGCGGGAAUCCCGCAUAAAAAUUCGGUUUGGAUUUCUGUUGUCUCAGGAUGGAAGGAUAUGGAAAGAACGGAGGUCUGCAAAUGCAAGAGCGAGGAGCGACUUACCAGUGGCGAGGAAGAUCCCCCGCCAUGAAUCUAAGGACUUGGCUUCCAGUUCCUACUCUGGCUCCUCCGGACGAGUCAUCUUGCCAUCCCUCAGUGCUCCAGAGCAGAAUAUCGCAGGCCUUCUGGAGGACUGUAAUGCGGCACGGGGACACGCUUCCAUGUCAGUUCAAACUGAUCGUGAAUGA